GAUAUCCACCUCGAGAACCUCGAGAGAGAGGCGUGGCUCUACCCGGUACCAGGGCGUCUACUCGCCCCCGCCAGCCUGAGAACAGCCAGUCAGCCUUCGAGGGGGACACCGACGACCAUAAUGCUCCCGCGAUCCCUCCUCCUCCUCUCUCUCGCCUCGGCGGACGCGUUCGCCGCCGCUCGUCCGCACCUGGGGCUGCCUCCUCGCCCAGCAGCGCGGCCGGUGCACGUUCUGCGGGGUGGAGGCGCCGCGCUCCAGGCUUCGCUGGCGGGCGCUCUCGCGGGCGGCAUGGCCCUCCCGACCGCCACGGGCAUCGCCGCCGCGUGCGGCACGCUCUGCUACAUCCGACAGGCUUAUAUCUUUUCUCUGUCGUACGGCCUCUCGAUGCUCGGCAUCGGCGGCGCCGUGCUGCUAGCGGCUCCAGCGCCGCGCUCACCGCUACUCGCGGCCCACGCUGGCCUGGUUGCUGCGUACGGCGCCCGCCUCUUCGCCUUCCUGCUGUGGCGCCAGAAAUUCCAGCCCGCGUACGACGGCGAGGCGCGCCUCAAGCCGCUCGACAAGACGCCCCGCCUGCAGCGCACGCCCAUCCUGCUGAGCACCGCGCUCUUCUACUCGCUGCUCGCGUCGCCGCUCCUCUUCCACCUCCAGGCGGCCCCGCUCGCCGGCGCCUCCGCCGCCGUCGCUGGCGUCUCGGCCGCGGGAGCCGCCGUCGCUGCGGCCGGCCUCGUGUACGAGGCGGUGGCGGACCAGCAAAAGUCGCGCUUCAAGAUGGCGCUGCGGGCGGGCGGCGCCAAGGACAGGCUCUACAUGGGAGGGCUCUACGCGCAGAGCCGGCACGCAAACUACCUUGGCGAGCUGGUCUUCUGGACCGGCUCCUUUCUCGCGGGCGCGCCAUCCAUCGCGGCCGCCGCCGGCCUUCCGCUGUGGGCGCGUGCGCUGCGUCUGGUCGCCGCGUCGCUUGGCCUCGCCGGCAUCUUCUUCAUCAUGACAUCGGCGACCAAGCGGCUGGAGGGCAAGCAGCGCGAGAAGUACGGUGCCGAGGCGGAGUACGCCGAGUACCUCGCGAGCACGAACGCGCUGCUGCCAAAGUUCUGAGGGGGGGGAAGGAGGGUGCUGCACACACGAAUUUCCGAAUAUUGUCUUCCAUGGUGCAUGGACUCUAGAUCUGUUGACUGUGCACUGUUCAAAUUAGUUUGUGCGCGGCAUAUUUUGAUUUUUGUGC